AUGCCGUCGUGUGUCAUAGAAUCCAAUGACUUGUCGCGCAGAUUUUUCAAUCACUUCGUGUUCCGCUUGAGAGUUACCCGUGAUGACUGGAUGUAUCACAAUGUCCUCUCUUCAAUGCGCGCCAUCCACCACCAUAGAAGUGGUAUUCCAGACAAUACCAUACCCGCAGUUGUUAUUAACAUAGUAAUCGAGACAUCCUCUGAUGAGGAGAUUGACGACAAGCGUGAGUCCCAUCUUGAUGAUUGUGAUGAUUUGCCACUGAUUCGGAUUCUACAAGCGUCCAUGACACGAAUGGCUCGGGCUAUACAGGAGUCUAUGUACGUGGGGUUGAAGCCUGUACCCGCAAGUCAAUCAUCCAUUGACGCCUUGGAGAAGACGACAUUCUAUCGCUCUUGCACCAUUUGUUUGGAGGAAUUUUCUGAUGAACAAUCCAUCAUUCGCAUGCCCUGCUCUCACAUCUAUCAUGGAGAAUGCAUUACUAAGUGGCUUAAGAUGAACCACUCUUGUCCGCUUUGCCGUUUCAAGAUGCCAACCAGUUAA